AUGGCUGCUGAAGCACCAAAAGCCGAACGCCAUAUCUUCUUCAAGGUUAUCUUCAGCGAGGACUUCUCCACCCGACUCAGGCUCCCUCCAAAUUUCACGCAAAACCGAGCCCGGUCCCUAACUGGGAAGGCCCGACUGAAAAUCUCCGGCGGGCACACUUGGGACGUAGAGCUGGAGAAAAUGGAUGACGGGACCAUUUGGUUCUGCAAGGCCGGGUGGGCCCAAUUUGUCGAGGAUGCCAAACUUGAAUUGUUCGAUUUCCUCAGAUUCAAAUGGUACGCCGGAACAAAAACGUUCAAGGUCGACGGCUGUGGAAGAGACGGCUGCCAGAAAGAGAUUUUCAGCCGUGUGGCGGGCGCUGACGUGGCGCCAGUGGUGAUGAAAAGCUUCACAACGGAGUUGAAGAAGCACCACUACUACUACAUGACGAUUCCGAAAGCCUUCGCCUCGGAGACGGGAAUCGAGAAAGGGAAGAUCGUGAAGUUGGAGAACGAGCGAGGGGUCAGGUGGCGGGUGAAGGUUUACGAGAGGGAGGAACGGUACAAGAGGAUUUGCUUCAUGGAUGGAGCUUGGAAAUCGUUUUGGAAGAGGAACGAGUUGUUCGUAGGGGCAAAAGUGACAUUUACGUACGAUGCGAGUUCCGGAAUUUUCUACGUGAAGAAGGGAAAUUGA